GAACGCAUACCGCAUGUCCUCUCUCCUGUGUUGCUCGCCUCCCCAACUCCCCGUCGCGCUUUCUCCUAGUGAGGCUACUGGGUGACCGCCGCCUCUGCCGCCCUACGCCAGGUUCCAGGUCUUCGUCACUCCCUUUCAUUAUCUUCGUCGUCUCAUUCGCCGGCGACGAGCACCCACCAGAAAUCAUAGCUGCUUUGGGUAUGGAGGCGCUGUUUGGGAGCAAUAACCAUGGCGGCCACAAGGCCGCUGAUUUGGCCUCGCUUAUAAUUACCCAGGUUGCCUUGGAGGUGCCAAGGUUACUUGGGCUCCUUGCCAUGAUUCUGCAUAAUGAAAUCUUUACAUCUGGUGGAGACCAGAAUUUGAUUACUAGGAUUCUGGGCAAAAGCGAAGAUGAAACUAAUCCUGAGAACAAAGAUGAUGGAGAGUCCGAUGAUGAUAAUGAUGAUGAAGGAGACGAUGAUGAUGCUGAAAACGAGGAGGAAGAUGAUGGUGGUGAUGAGGGAUCAGAUGACAAUGAGAAUGAGGAAGAUGACGAUGGAGAUGAUGAUGAUCCUGCAGCCAAUGGCGAAGGGGGAAGCGAUGACGACGAAGAUGAUGGUGGAGAGGAUGAAGAGGAUGAUGACGACGACGACGAUGAUGGGGACGAUGGCAAUGAGGAAGAGGAGGAAGAAUCUGAAGAGGAUGAUGAUGAUGAUGAAGUCCCCCAACCACCUACUAAAAAGAGGAAAUGAUCAACGGCUGCGACGAGUGGUUGCUUACACGCAGGAAUGCUGCCUGUUCGUCCCUGCGCAGCAGUUUACUGUUUAGUGGGUAGAGUUUUUUAGCUUGGUCGUGGACAAUUCAUAGCCUAGUUUGGAAACAAAAAAGAAACAUUUAAUUGUGCAUGUACUAUUAAACCAUUCCUUUAAUCAUGUAUCUCAGAUUGCUAUCAUGGUUUCUAAAUUGUGUUUGCCUAAGUUUUGUAUUGCAAUUUAACAAUGUUCUUGUGCAACCUGAUGGUCGUGGUACGU